AUGAUCUACAGAACUCUCGUCAUUUUCGUGUUCUUGAGGCAAACACAGGCUUUCCUCAAUCUAUUCGGAGGCGGUGGAUGCGGGUGUGGCUGUGCGCCGACUCCAUCUUGUGCUCCACCGAUGCCAUCCUGUGCUCCUCCAUCUCCAUGUGGUGGAGGGGGGCUGCCACCAUCACCCUAUUAUUCAGCAGGUCCAUCCUACUCUCCGUCAGCUUAUCCAUCAAAGGAUUUUGCUUCUCAACUAAUGCCUGGACCCUCAUUUCCUGCUUCAUCCAUUCCCCAAAUUGGCCCGCAAAUCUCACAACCCGUUGCUCAGUCAGUUCAACCAUCAGUCAUCAACGAGGUCUCGGUGCCCACUCAGCAAUUAUCCCUUUCACAACAGCCACAAUCACAAGAACAGCCGCAGUACUCUCCACCAACAAACGAAGGUGCGCCAGUUGGAGAAACGAACAGUGUACAGCAGCAAUACAUUGCCCCGGCCGUGCUCGCACCAAGCGGAGACACUGAGGCUCAAUCAGCGAAUGAUUAUCAAGAAGAGACACCAGCCAAUCCAAUUAAUCCACCAGCACAAAGCCUCCAGCCGGCACCAGAGGAACCACAAAACGAACCGCAAACCGGAGCUGAGUACGACGAAGAGACGAUAGCAAAGAGACAAACGAAUUUCGAUCUAGCCGAACAAAAUCUCGAUUUGGUUGAUAGAAACAAGGAGUACGAGGAUGCCGGCGAGAAUACGGGAGAAUAUUCUUCGAACAUCGCGAAAGCACUCAAGAAAGCGAUUCGGAUGAAGGUCCUCCGACGAUCCCCACUAAAGAAACAAAUUCUGAGGGAAGUUGCCGAAGUGGUUCCACCAAGAGUGGAAGUGAGCGAAAGUCUCUCGCUCGAUCCAAGAACCAAUUCACCCGCAACAGAGACAACCUCUUUCGAUCCAAAAUGUAACUCGGAAGUUCUACGAAAGUGUAUUUUAGAGAAUGUACAACAAUCGACAGCUACUUCAAAGAGGAAAAUCCAGAAAGCCGCCGUUGAUGCAAUUGGAGGCAGAGUUGAUGUGAUCUGUUCAAUGGCCACCUUUUCCUACAUUGUCAAUACCGAACUUUACUGUGAGGCCGAGCGAAAUGGAAUCACAUGUUUUGCAUUCAGACAAGCUGGCAAUCAA